GCGCUAGAUGUUAUGAAGAUCACGACAUCGGUUACAAAAAGAUUCUCCGAAUACAAUAAGAAGUGUGACAUUUACAUUUCUAGUUAUCUCAUCAUCUAAACGUAGUUCAUACGGAUUUUACGUAAAUAAUACUGUUUCCAAACAAAGCAGGGCACGAUGUCAGGAAAAGAGAGGAUCGACAUAUUCCCUUCAAGAAUGGCCCAGACCAUUAUGAAGGCCCGUCUGAAGGGGGCCCAGACUGGGAGAAACCUACUGAAGAAGAAGGCUGAUGCCCUGUCUAUGCGCUUCCGCCAAAUCCUACGCAAGAUCAUUGAGACAAAGACCUUGAUGGGUGAAGUGAUGAGGGAGGCGGCCUUCUCUUUAGCUGAGGCAAAAUUUGCUGCUGGCGACUUCAGCACCACUGUCAUCCAGAAUGUGAACAAGGCCCAGGUCAAGGUUCGGGCUAAGAAGGACAAUGUUGCGGGUGUCACUCUACCUGUGUUUGAGCACUACCAGGAAGGAGGGGACAGUUAUGAGCUGACAGGUCUGGCCAGGGGAGGAGAGCAGGUGUCCAGGCUGAAGAGGAACUAUGCUAAAGCCGUGGAACUGCUAGUGGAGUUGGCCUCUUUACAGACUUCCUUUGUCACACUGGAUCAGGCCAUCAAGAUCACCAAUCGCCGUGUGAAUGCCAUCGAGCACGUGAUCAUCCCCCGCAUUGAGCGCACCCUCAGCUACAUCAUAACAGAGCUGGAUGAGAGAGAACGAGAGGAGUUCUACAGGCUGAAGAAGAUCCAGGAGAAGAAGAAACAGAUGAGGGAGAGGACCGAGAAGGAGAUAGCCGCCCGUCUGGCCCUGCUGGGCCCCAUCGCCGAGCCGUCCAACAUGCUCACGGAGGAAACCGACGAGGACCUGCUGUUUGAGUGACGUUUUCACCCGUUCCUACCGGUCACCUGCUUUACCUGGGUCGGCCGAGUUUACUCUGUCAACCACAUACUAUUUAUUCUGUGCCUCAAAGGCCAUAUUGACGUCUUCAUUCUUGGGCGAAAAGAAAAAAGUUCUGGUUUUGUGUGUGCACAUCUGUGAUGUUUCGUUAUGUGAUUUUCAGUAUUGGAAAUGUGUCCAGAUGUACGUACCUGUUUAACGUCAGGUUUGUUGCUAACAGCAAUCCCAUCAGUUGACUUUGUUAAAUCUGAGAAGAUUUAUAAUUUAAGUAAUUAAAGGAAAUAAUAUGUACUGUACAUUGAGUAGGGUUAAAUUAAAUGGUUCACAUGUGAACUGUAUAUAGCAUUCCAUCUGAUAAUGUGAGGACAUUGAUUGCUAUGCAUUGUUUACAGUUCCAUCAGAACAAAGGCAAUGUAUGCAGUCAUUUUGUGCGUGUAUAACAGGGCGGAGUUGUUUCCCGCCAGAGUUUGACUGUUCUGGAGGCUGUGGUCUCCCCAUAUCAUUGGGGUUGUAUUGACCAUAGAUGACGACAUUCUAUUGCUACUGUAUAGACCCUAUCCGAAGACAAUAUAUGUUUCAAAGCUCAAACCUAAUAACCCACCCCACUUUGUUGGAACACUUCAUCCAAAUAAAAAAAAGUAACUGUU